CCUCCCUCCCUCCCCCGUACAAUGAUGAUGAACGAGGCGGGUCCCGUUUCGACGACGAUGCUGCCGCACUACGACUCGCCCCUGCCGACGCUGUACGAGCCGCAGCCGCAGCCGCCGAAGCCGCGACUCAUGUUCAAGAUGCCCCGAGUCGUCCCCGACCAGAAGUCCAAGUUCGAGUCGGACGAACUCUUCCGCCGACUCGCCAGGGAGACAGAGCAGGUCCGCUACACUGGCCAUCGCGACAGACCAUCGGAAGAACGGCGACAGAAAUUUCAGAACCAGUGCCGAGAUGGAUACACCGAAAUUGCUUUCGUCAGCUCGGGGACCAAUCUGCAACUGUCCUUCACCCCAACCCAAGGCGGUUACUCACCCGACCUCGACUUCAACAAGGAUCCUGGCAAGGUACACAUCAAGUCCCACUUCAUCAUGAACGGCGUGUGCGUGAGGUGGCGCGGCUGCCUGGACCUCGAGCGGCUGGACGGCGUCGGCUGCCUCGAGUUCGACGAAGACGCGGCCAGGCUCGAGGACGCCAUCUUGAGGGACGAGUUGGAGAAGUACAAGGCCAAGCUGCGUGAGUUCGAGGACAAGCAGAGACCUUUCAAGCCCUUUGCAGCUGCUUCCACGGCCAAGUAAGGAAGGAAGGAAGAAGAAAAAAUAAGGAGAGUAAAUAGAGGAAAUGAAUAAUAAAAGGAGACGAAGACGAAAGAAAGAAGCAGAAUAGAAGAAUAAUAGGAAGAAUGUGUGUGUAAAAGAAGGAAAGAGAAGAAGGCGAUAUAAAGGGAGAAAGGAAGAAUAAGAAGAGAAAGAAGGAGAAAAAUAACAAGAAAAGAGUAAAGAAAGGAGAAAAGAGAAAGUAGUAAGGAGAAAAGAGCAAGAAGAAGAAGAAG